GGGCCCCUCUGCCACCCAAGGCCAAGUUCCCUUUUUCUACCGCCUGUCCCUCUCCGCCCAAGCAGAAAAAACCCGCCAGAUCCAGUAUAGAUCCAUCGGCACCACGCUCAAAGCAGUAUCUCCACCACUCGUUGCCUUUUCCAGCGCCGUGUGAUACAAGUCGACGACGAUUGGAUUCGGAUUAGGAUUGGCAUUGGCAGUUUAUAGUCGCCGUCGCAGUUGCAACCGCGAUUCCCUUCUCGACAAUGGCCGACAUCACCGACCAGCACGACCAGACGUCGCCCGCGGACCUGGACGACGCGCACUCGGUGGGCAAUGGCAACAACGCGAACAACGAGAACCGCGGCGUCAAGCGACAGCGCCCGGCCGCCGACGACGACGACGACGACGACGAUAAGGGCGGUCGUGAGCGCCGCAAGAUAGAGAUCAAAUUCAUCAGCGAUAAGUCGAGGCGUCACAUCACCUUUUCCAAGCGCAAGGCGGGCAUCAUGAAGAAGGCAUAUGAGUUAUCUGUCCUGACAGGCACUCAAGUUCUCCUGCUGGUCGUCUCCGAGACGGGCCUGGUUUAUACCUUUACGACCCCCAAGCUCCAGCCGCUUGUUACCAAGGCCGAGGGCAAGAAUUUGAUCCAGGCAUGCCUCAACGCACCUGAGCCCGCGACGGGCAGUGAAAAUGGAGUGGACGGUGGUGACCAAGUCGACUCUCCUGAAGAGCCUCCCAGCCAUUUGCCACCGCAGAGCCGCCCUGGCAUGCCCCAGAAUCCUCAUAUGGGCCCUGGAGGCUACAUGCCGCCUAGUAUGCCCAUGGAUCCUCAGCAAGCUCUGGCAUAUCAGAGCUAUGUGCAGCGUAACCAGGCUUAUGGCUCUGGCAUGCCUCCGCAGCCAGGAAUGCCUCCCAGCUCUCAUCAUCAGUCAUAGUAGGAUCAUGACUAUGGGGACAUACUGUAAGCUAAAGCUUGCAAUCGCUUAUGCCCAGCCUUGAACAACCCUUGGAGAUCUUCUCGGGCCUUGAGUCGUCUCCAGGAUGUUGCUACAACAUUAUGCAAAUGUUCUAGUUCGGCGUUGAUGACGUGUUGAUAUGCUUUCCAUAUCUGUUCUUUUUAUUUUAUUUUACACUCAAUGUUGCGCUUUCCCACAUUACCAAGUUUUUUUUUCUCACUUCGACUUCUUUUCGAUGUUUCAAAUUUUGGAGCUACGCGGACGUUGAUGCCUUUUUAUUUCCACCGGGAAAGAGGAUCCAACUCAGGACACCAAGAAGAUGUGCAGCCUUUUUGCUGCGCUGACUCUGCCAAGAUCUACCCUUUUAUAUUCUCAGUCCCGGAAAGGUUUAGAGGCGUUUUUGUAUCUGUGGCACCUCUCGUUUUGAAGCGUCUACGGCGUGUGUUAAAGGAGGGCUGAGCACUGUAUCGAUUACGACAAGAAUGGACGUUGGCGGCGGCCUUUUGUGCAAGAAUUUUGAAGUCUUGUAUGCGAAAGAGAGUUCUCUCAGAUCUCGCUACUGACGUGGAGGGUUCCAGCUUUAGGGCAUGGUUUGAGCGAGAUGCGGCAUCCCUCAGGCUGAGGCACAGCGAUCUCAGGAAUUAGGUUGGUACUUUUAGGUGGCAGGUCUGGGCAGGUUUGGACUUUGGGAGGUUGGAAGCGGAUAUGGGAGGGAGGGCAGAAUGAUGCUGGGCGGAUGAUAAUGGACACACGAGGGCAUGAUUUGUUGAUGGCAGGAAAAAACGAUAAGGACAUCAGACGAAUUUGAUGAAUCUAGCUUGCCGAACAACAGAGGUUUUUCUCCUUUCUAUUUCCUGCGAUGCUAAUGAAGUAUGUUUCAAUGUAACUGUGAAUUGUCUCUUUUUCCCAUCC